AUUCGUCUUCUCAAAAAUAUUUUAAUCUCUAUAUUGAAGACAUCCCUAGCACUGGGGAGUGGACUUUCCGCAUUUCCGACAUAGGUACCGGUACAUGUGAACGUAAGCCGGUGUACCGUGCCCCAAGAAGACGACACCCGCGGAUAUGCGGAUAUGCACAAAAGCAAGAGACACUCACAUCCCACCUCGAUCGAAACGGACCAAAUAGCGAAAGGUCCUUCGCGUCCGUCGCGGCGGAUAACUUCGCUCUACCGUAGCCAGCCGAGCCCGGCAGUGCCAGAGGGACCGGAACGAAGAAGCGCGAUUUGUGCUCCACGUCCUGCUUAUGCCCACACUUGGCUCGCCGGGGAAGAAAGCGAAUUUCAAUCCGCGCGCUCCGUGCUGUGCAGUACAUUAUGCCAAGCUAGCUAAGCUGGAGCACCCGACCGAAUGGGGUGGCUGGACAGUGAGUGGCCGCAACCACCUACCGGGCGGCGGAAGUGGUUGCGGCCCGGCCAGCAGCAGGCGGGAUGUUCCAUAGUUUUCGGACCGAGAUGUGUGAUGGCUAGGUCCUGGCCGUCUCCCCUUCUUAACAAUACAUGAGGUUGAGGAGUUUCGUACGAGUAGCUCAGCUCAGCCCGCUGUGUUCCUAUCGAUAGCACGAGGGGGGUUACUCCAGCACAAGUCUAUGGCAAGCUCUUGGCUAGGAAGGCCAAGCCAGAAACAGGCCUGACUCGGAAGCGUAAGGACAUGCGUGUGUGUUCCGUCGAUUCAAAUAGUCUUCUUGGGUGCGUUACUUUCGUUCGAAUGUAAAACAUCUCGCGAGUUUUCCCAAUCAUCCAGAAAUUCCAAGUGCAAACGAAGAGAAGUUGAAUAGAUAACAGUCAUCAAGAGAGUGGAAAUCCAGCAGAUCGAUUUAACAACAACGGUGAAGUGAAGUGCACGUUAUCACCCAGUUUGGAGAUAAGCUCCAACCAACAACGGUUUAGUUGUGUUCGAGAAACGUGACGCGAAGGAUGCUUGGUCAGCGACUGCGACAGCUGCAAGCGUUUAGCCCUACAGUGAAUACAAGUGCCAAGAAGGGAAUCAAGAAUAGCCAAUCAGCAGAAAAAUCAGCGGCGACUGGUGGACAACAAAAGAAGAACGGAAGCAAUUAGACCGAUGAUUGUUUUGUGUUCGCGUCGUGAGGUUUUCGGCGGUUUUGGUCGAGUCCUUUUGUUCGCAUUGUAAACGAUUUCGCGAACGUGCAGAAAACCAUCUGUGGACUGUGGAUGAAGAUCACACUUUUUGGAUAUUCAAAGAACCUGUUAGUGUGUGGUGCGUUGAUCGAUCAAGUUAUGCGGAUACGCCUUAGUCAAGUGGUUUUACCUGUCUCAUCAUAGUGAAUAAAAAUCCUCUUAAGUGAACACCUGCGAAAAAUUGCGCCCAACGAAAAAAAGUGAAGUCGUUCGAACAGAAAUUUAAAAGUCUCCAAAGGAUUAUCCUUUUGCCUCGUCGUGUGUAUACUCACUGCAGUAACCAGAGUACAGUACAGUAGCGUGAAGCAUUAGUGUGGAAGUUAAGUUCGUUUGGGGGCCGUAGCGAACAAACAAGAAGAUUUCUUGCCGCCCCAAAUCAACGUGGUAUUCGUCGUUGUCGCCGCGGUGCUCCGGGACUUGGUCCUACGACGUCGUUCUUUAUACCUACGUGUUUUUUUUUCCUCCACCGUCCAAGUCGGUUCACGCUAGGACGUGAGGAUUCAGCGAAAAAUUUCGCCGCAAUAUCAUCCGAGGUAACAACACACCAGGCCAGAAAGGCCAGAGGCGAGCAUUAACCCAAAGCGACGAAGGAAGAAAAAAUUAGUGAAGAGUUUCCCCCAACCCCCAACGUCUCGGAAACGACCGCUGCGGGAAAGAAAACUCAGGAGAAGCGAAAAAUAACACAAGAUUUUUUUGUCGGUUAGUGAGUGUGCCGGUCGGUCCGUCGCUUGGUCCGGUGUGUAUCCGCGAAAAGAAACGCGAACCCUCGAACCAAGGAGCCACAUACAAGUGAAGCAUCGCGAGUAGCCAGAAAAAAAUAUAUUACGGAAGAAAGGAAAGCAAAAUCGCGCCGUGUGUUUUUUGUGCAUAGUACCUCCGCACCUUAAGUAAAUUGGUGGUGCUUUCGCAGUCAUCAGUGGCGCGGAUUGUGUCGUCGUCGUCUUCGUCCUGCACCGGGCGUCGCGUGUGUUUUCUUGCAGAAGCCGUAGUCUGCCACGGGGACCCAACCGAAGGGAUCCCUGCGUGCCACCACCAGCCCUAACCGUGGACCAACAGCAGUACCGGCAGCACCGGAACCGUCCUCAUCAUCUCCAUCCAGUGGCGCUGCUACCGCCCCUCCCGCCCCCAGCCCUGCUGUCUUCGUCGCCGGUGGUAGGACAUCCACUACCGCCUCCACCGCCUACACCACCGACGACGUCGUUGUCGUCGUCCUCGUCAGUUUCGCAUCCGAGUAGUGGGCUUCCCCACCAUCCAGCAGCCCUGCAGCAGCCACAGCAACAACAACAGCACCAGCAACGUGCCGGCUGGGAUUGUAAUUUAUACUCACGCACGACGACGCACUUCAAGAUGAUGAUGGCAACGAAAGGAAAACGCCCCUUGCGGCAUCUCACGGCAACGGAUAAGAUCGAUGCCAUCCAGCGGAUUCACGACGGUGAGUCCAAGGCAUCGGUUGCCCGGGAUAUUGGCGUUCCGGAGUCGACCUUGCGAGGAUGGUGCAAAAAUGAGGAGAAGUUGCGGUACAUGUCUCGACAGUCUGCGGAGAAUGCCGAAAAGCUCACUAACGAGGCCACGGCAGCUGCUCUGACGGCUGUGGCCGCAGCAGAGCUCUUCAACGGACCUCCGGAGAAGCGACUGAAACUGGAACAGGGGUUGUUUGGAAAUGGGAAGCUGAAGUACGACGACAGCUUCUACAAAAGUCCACGAGGGCCGAUGAAUGGACUAGAUCUCAGUGGAGGUGAUAAGGGAUUGGGAGUUUCCGGAGGUGAUAUCAUUAUGAACGGACUGCACGGAGCGGAUUUCAGUUCGUUUGCUAAGACUGCUGCAGAGAUAUCCGCUUUGAGCAAAUCCAAAGAAAUGAACCUGAAAGGUUACGGUGCCGAUCUUAGCAAACACGGAGAUCCAAAGCAAGCAGAUCUCUCGAUGGCUGCCAUCAGUCCGCUGACCAGCCUGAGUCAUCUCUCGGGGAUGUCCGGAUUAGCACAGAGCCCGCUGGCAUUGAGUUUCAACGAAAUCGCCACAAAUCUCAAUCUCUUUGCUCAGCUCAACAACAAUCACAACUUGGCCACAAUGUCCAAUCUAGGAGGACUCACUGCAGCCCAAUCGCUGCGUAAUGCCCGUCCCAAAGCCAAUACUAGUCAGAGUCCCCGCACAUCGAACCUAUCAGAAGUGAACGGCGAUAAGACUCCAUCGCUGACGGUUCGUAACUUGGCCAAACUGCAGCAGAAAACUUCCGGUGAUCUCAGUAACGGUAUGAUGCAUGGUAUUAAUCUAUCCGACAAAUAUAAACAACAACAACCAUCUGCUGCUCCUCUAGGUCGAGACUCGAACGCACCGGUCGACGAAGCUCUAUGGUAUUGGCUGAAAUCGCAACAAGCUAUGCUCGGACUGAACAACCUCUAUUCAUCGAUGCCCCGUCCUUCGAGUCCUCAGCAGAGUUCAUCCCCACCGCAACAGCAUCAGCAGGUUCAGCAUCACCCGUCGACGCAAACUCCUACGCCGCCAAUUGUUUCGACUCCACAGCCAACGCCACCAUCUUCCGCUCCGUCCUUGACUCCCGAGGACACCAAGAACUCUUCAUGGUUCUGGCAGUGGUACAAAACCUUCGGAGCGUCCCUCAUGCCCGGAGACAAGUCCAACAACAACACAAUCAACGCCAAUGCCAACUCCAAGCAGGCUGCUUACGAGAACAUUCUUUACUCUCAGCUCACCAAAGGCCAAAAUUCCGAUUCGCUCAACAACAAUGCUCAACCCAUUAACCUAAACAUCAACAGCUCAAACGGCCCGGAAAAUCUCAAAUCCGAACCGGAAGACCUCUCCAAUCACAAUCACUCGUCAUCGAAUGUCGCCGCCACCGUCGCUCCCGCUGACGACCUCCAGCGCUUCAAUCCUAGUCCUUCGACAUCCGCCAAGUCAGAACUGAAGCAGGAAGACGACGAAGAACAACCUGGACCUGUCGACGACGAAACUCCAGCGGAACCCAAGUGCAACGGCAAGGUAAAGGACGUGCUGGACAACUUCCUCUACCAGAACCAGAACAGCAACGAUCGUGAUAGCCCAGCCAAUCUAUCCAUCCGAUCUACCACCUCUCCACGACGUCGUUCGAUCAGCCCCGCUGUAAGUAACCAUCCCGUGAACAGCCCCGAGCCGGAAACCGGAGACCUGGCCGUAACGACGAACGGCAUCACCACGGAGGACGACCACAAGAGCGACAUCUCCGAGGACUCCAAUCACAUGCUGGUAGCGGACAUCAAAAGCUCGGCGGAGGCCGUCGAACAUGGUGAAAAGUUCCUCAAGUGGCUGGAAGCAUGCAGCGAUCCGAACGUGACAGCAAUGCAGGUCAUGCAGUUCAAGUAUCUGCUCAACAGCAUCAAGCUGAGUGCCGAGCGGCAACAGCAGACUGCCGUCAGUAGUGGCGAAGAACGCACGCGAGUCCGACGGCGGAAGUAGGUUCCCUUCCCUCGCCCCUUCCAAGAUUAGUGUAAAUAAUGCUCCCCCACUAAAAUCCAGUCUAAAUCAAAAGUUAAAAUGCAAAGAAACACAGAACUCGAUAUCAUUAGUCCUACUCUCACUUGGUCGCCAACUGAGAUCUCUUUCAUCAGGCACCCAUUCCAAAAUGAGUGACGUCAAAGUUAAGUCGACCGAAGAAAUCUAGCAGUAGCGCAAAUCCCUAACGAAAUAAGUAGUUAAAUUUUUCUCAAUUUUUUAUGAAGUCUAUUAUUUUUGUUUACUAUCAUUAUUUUAUACAAAUACUAUAAAAACGAUCGAGGAAUCGAAGAGAAAAGUCAUUAUCAGACAGCGCUUUUUCCAGUUGUCGUUGGCGAAUCGCGGAGGUCCCCAUCUCAGGGCCCAUCCGAAAAAGAUAUUUAUCACUAUGACUGUGUAAAUAAUACUCAUUGUUUAUCUAGAGAAAAAGAAGUUGAUAUCGCUAAAAACACUUUUGACUAGGUAAGAACACAACAUGCCAAAUGUACAAGUUAUCAAGAAAAUUAAUCUAUGAUAGUCCGUAUAUCGCUAUUACAUUAACGGAAAAAUGAACCUAUAAAUGUAAGCAUCUUUGGAAACAUAAUAUCCAAAAGCUAGACUCGAAGAAAUAAAAACUAAUAGAGUAACAGAAACAGAAAAAAGUGGUCUCGUGUCCAAGAUCUCGUAUUUACUUUCGAAACAAAACAAAAAAGGAAACAAAAACAUAUUCUGCUCAAAAACUCAGUCCAAAGAGAGAAAGAAAGAGUAACUAAACGCAGGAAGCUUUUCGGUCACACAUUUCGAUUUUUAAGGGCAUGAAAAAAAAACAAAAACAAUACAUUCCUCUCGAUAUCGUUCGGGAAAACAAAAUCGAAGGCCAUUACUAUCGUAAUUCAUCUCAUGUUAGAGUUAAGUGGGGUGUGACUUUUGAAAAGUUACACACCGGUGAGAAAGCAAGCACUGCUACACAAUUCGGCCACGCAAACCAGUCAGGAAAUCCUCAAUUUCGGCUGAAACGAAACAAAAACCUGUGGGACAAAUUCUCAAUGUGAUUACAAAACAAACCUGUAUUCCUAGAAUGGUGCAAAUGCGCCCCGUGCGAAAUAUAAAACAAACCAAUUAAAAAAUAAAAAGCGGAAAACGGUGUCAAAAUUUUCUCAAAAAGUCGUUUAUGUAGAAAGAAUCGGCAUAACACUGAGGUUUGGGUGCGUGCGUGCGUGCGGUGAGCUCACAUGUUGCAAACAAGUCUCAAAGUAUGAAUUAUUAAAUAAAUUAUAAAAAUGAAAGUGAAUAAAAUGUUAAAUAUAAACAAGAAAAGAGGAAAGAUGCAGAAAAAUAAACGACGAAUGGAUACUAACUAAUUGGUAACUAUAAUGGACAAUUAUUGAACCACACACACAGAUGACACAAAACGCUAGAGAUUAAAAUGGAAAAAUAAAUUAUCAAAUGAUUUCUCAAUAUCAAAAAUAUAA